AUGACUACUAUUCCUGUUGUAGUGAAACAUAGUGGCCAAAAGUACAACGUUGACAUCGAUACGACCAAGACUGGCCUGGACCUGAAGCUUGAGUUGCAAAAGUUGACCAAUGUCGUGCCCGAACGCCAAAAAGUACUCGUAAAAGGCGGGCAGUUGAAAGACGAUGUGCGCUUGUCUGCGCUCGGGUUCAAGCCGAACCAGACGCUCAUGAUGCUGGGAUCUGCCGGAGAUCUGCCAACGGCUCCAGCUAAUGUUGCACAAGAAGCUUCUAGUGCCGAUGCAGACUCUGCCAAAGUUGAUCCGGUUCCAGCUGGCUUGGUCAACAUUGGCAACACCUGCUACGCUAACGCCACCCUUCAGGCACUACGAAAAGCACCGGAGUUGGUCGAAGCUGUACAAAAAUAUCAAGGACAGAAUAGUCUGACUACGGCUCUCGGACGCGUGUAUACAAAUCUCAACUCGGGCGAGGAGCACACCCCGUUCGGGUUCAUGGAGCGUCUGCGGUCGACUUUCCCGCAAUUCGCUGAAAUGGGCCAAAUGGGACCCAAGCAGCAAGAUGCUGAGGAGAUGUGGACCAAUUUGAUGUAUUCAUUAAAGGAAGCUGGUGUCGCCCCGGCUGAGCGGUACUUUGAUGGUCAGAUGGCUGUGAAAAUGUCGAGCGCUGAAACUGAUGAGCCGCCAGCCGAGAGCUACGACACAUUCGCCAAACUCAACUGUCAUAUUUCCGCAUCGACUAACUUCCUCAAAGACGGUCUCAUGGCUGGUCUGAAGGAGACUUUAGAGAAACACAACGAGGCGCUGGGCCGCAACGCAGAGUAUACUGUCACCAAGCGUAUCUCGCGAUUGCCCAAAUAUCUGACGAUUCAAUUUGUUCGGUUUUUUUGGCGAAGAGAUACCAGUAAAAAGUCUAAAAUUUUGCGCAAAGUCACGUUCCCUUUGCAGCUGGAUGUGAGCGACCUGUGCACUGAUGACCUGAGGGCCAAGCUGGUGCCAGCACGUGAAGAAUUCCGGAAAGCUGAAGAUGCUGUCGAGGAAGCACGGAGAGCUGCCCGAAGAGCCAAGUUCCAGUCCAUGGAGACGCGUAAGGAGGCAAUUAAUGACUCGCUGAGCGAGGAACGCCGAAAAGAACUCCAUGACAAUAUUGUAGCGAAAAUCGACCCCACUUUAGCGGAUGAUGAAGGCUCCAAUCCUCUAGGGAUUUAUGAACUGGUUGCAAUUGUAACCCACCAGGGUAUGAGCGCUGAUUCGGGUCACUACCAGUGCUUCGCCAAACACGACAAGGAGCCCGGCCAAUGGUGGAGAUUCAACGAUAACAAGGUUACGCUCGUUGAUGAUGCCAAGAUUGAGCAGCUCAGUGGUGGUGGAGAGUCCGAUUCUGCUCUCAUUUUGCUGUACCGUACCGCAGAGUACUAA